AUGGCCUCGCAGCCACCCGCCAUCCUCUCCCUUCACGACACGGUUCUGCUUCCCGGCACCGACACGGCCAUCCCGCGCCUCGGCUUCGGCGUCUACCAGACGCCGCGCUCGGCCUGCACACAGGCCUGCCUCUCCGCCCUCGCAGUCGGCUACCGCCACCUCGACUCGGCGCAGCUCUACGCCAACGAAACGGAAGUCGGCAACGCCCUCCAGGCCUCUGGCCUCCCCCGCUCGGCCGUCUUCCUGACGACCAAGAUCCAUCGCAAGGACGGCAGCGCGCGCCCGCACGCUGCGCUCCCGUCCGCGAGACCGUGGGCCGCAUGA